AUGCUGAUAGACCCGAAGGAGCAUGCGGAUGAAUUCAUCAUGCGCUGGAAGAAUGUUGCUGCCCACUCAGGAUAUGAAGGCACGGCACUUAUUCGCAUGUUCCAAGACUCGCUUGUCCUUGUCCCUCGCCUUCUUACCAAGGCUCUGGACCUGCGAGUAUGCCCAGAGGGUGUUACAGAUCAAGGAGGUUACCGCCCGGACUCCAUUGAGGAAUGGUAUAGGACUAUUGGCGAUUUCAACCGCUCUUAUCGCCAGGCGCAGUCAUGUCUCGAGUUCAUUCAGGGACAUACACGCAUGCAAGCCAAGCCCUCUCCACAUCUGCAGGCUGGUCAAUUGCAACAGCAACAGCCUCAGCAACAGCAUUGUCCGCAUCCGCGUCCGCCUCAGGUUCAGCAACAGUACUACGCUCCCCCACCUGGACCACCUCCCGUGAACAACUUCGCACCUCGCUUCACUCCCCAUCCAUAUGUAUCCAACUAA